AUGACGGAAAAUGCAGCCGAAGAGGCCUCCGGCUUUGAUGUUGUGUCAGAACAGCCGUCUACAAUGGACAUGAGAUCGUUGCAGUACGUAGACCCAUUGGACCACCUAACGUGCCCCAUCUGUCAACUGCCCUUCAUCACACCUUUCCAAACCAAGUGCGGCCAUAUAUUCUGCAAAUCGUGUAUUCUGGAGACUUUCCGUUCCCCCAUUGGCCAGAAGUGUCCGCUAGACCGGUCUCCGUUGCAUUAUAAGGAGGAAACUGAUGGUGAAGCCAAUAUCGAAGAGGACGAAUCUGCGGAAACGUCCACGGAGACGCCCAAGACCAGGGAAAAUGACAUAUUUCCGGCGCCAAUCAUCAUAUCCAAUAUCACGGAUGAUAUGCGAGUGCGCUGUUUGAAUCUGGACCGGGGUUGUGAGUGGAUUGGUCCACGCUGGUCGAUCAAGACACAUCUGUUACUAGACUGCGGCUUCACGCGGUUUGAGUGUAACAACGAGUUGGAUGAAGAACCCAUAAGUAUUUGCAAGAAGCUGACCCAAAGAAGGUAUCUAGAUGGCUUGAAUUCGUGCCCGCAUAAGGAAUAUGGAUGCCAGUUCUGCGGAGAGAUGAUAACCAAGCCUGAUGAAGAGAAACAUUUCACCAAAGAGUGCGAUAAAAACCUGAAAAAGUGCAAAGGAUGCCUCCUCGAGUUUCCUCUAAAGAGUGUGGAGCAUCAUGAGCGGUUUUGUGACAAGUUCGUGGAGAAAUGUCCCGCUGCAAGCAUAGGAUGUGACUGGAAGGGAGCACGCGAGCUUCUGACACUCCACCAGGAAACGUGCAUAUUCACCCGGUUGAAGCCCAUACUAGACGAGAAGGAUAAAACUAUUGGUCAGCUGAGGGAGUCAACCAGCUUUUUAUCGUCAAAGCUCGAAAUAAUCCUUGAUUCGAUAGUUCAGGGCAAGGUGACAAAUGUGGGGUUUCCUCUCCAAUUGGACGAAGUAUCUUCCUAUUCCGGCCAGAGAUCCAAGAGGGAUUCAGAGGAAGACUAUGUGCAUCUUCUGAUGGAGCUUGAAGGACUGCGGAGCGAUUUUAUGAGAAUUCAGCCGUCUAUAUCUGCUCUGGAGGCUCAACAGCAGAUGAUCAGUGGACUUGUGGCUCAAAACACCCAUCUUAUGGAAGACAUGAAUAACCAGCGUAUGGGGCUUAACAGUGUUCGUCAGCAGAUUCAGUUCUUGCUGAUGGACAGGAGACCGAGAGGCGGAAUGAUGGAGUCCCUGAUGCCGCGGAAUAGUGUCCCCAGUGUCGCGGCUACUGUGUCGAAGGAGAGUUUGAGCGAUGACGAGGGAUCUUCUGCAGGACGGUCGAAUAAGCUGUAG